GGGUUCUCGGAAACGCCGAAAUCGGCGUCCCUGUACGCAUAAUUGGUCCCGGUAUACGCGUGUUUAUUGCAGCUUGGGAGUCCCCGGACGCACGUUUCUGCAGUGAGACGCAAUGAAAAUUAAUUGAUUACGUAAACCUGCGAAUACACAAGGUUUGACUCGAGAGCAAAUUAUGUGGGCGGAGUUACUCGCUUGUCAUCGAUAGCCGCGUAUAGCCAAUCAGCGUUACCCGUUUCCACUAUACCGCAAGACAGGCGGCAUAUGUAUGAUCAACACAAUUACAUGUGAUUGUCGGCGUGUUUGCAUAGGUGACAACUUCUGAUUGUAAAACAACGGAUUACGAAGUGUUUGAAGUAACCCCGAUUGUUUUCUCACGUAUUAUUUACCAGGCAGAAUUAAAGAACUUUUAAAGAGAGCGAUAAUUAGUCUUAAUUAUGAAUGUCCGAGUAAUUUUAAGAUGCUGUCGAUGUGGUCUUACCGUGAUUAUUUCUCUGCAAAAUUUCGAAGAGUUAGUAUCAAAUUUUGUAACAAUGCCUGGUCAGCAAACAUCGUUAAGUGUCGGAGUAAAACGAAAAAGAGACAAUGAAAGUAAUUCCUCGGACUCGGAUAGCAAUGUAACAAUCAAUAGUGACAAUAGUAACUGUAGUGAAACUGAAACGCCAAAACCUAAAAAAAUUAGGAAUACGUGGAAUCGUGAUUGGAAUAGGACAUUUCCAUGGAUAGUGAAAAAUGAAAAUGAAAAUGGAGAUAUAAGUGCUAUCUGUUCAUGGUGCAAGGCUGCCAAACGAAACAAUUCAAUGGCGACUAAUGGAACACCAAAUCUGCAGAGUUCCACAUUCAGUAGGCAUGAGAUAUCUAAAGACCAUCUCUUCGCAGCUCAGGCAAGAGACUCCAAAAGCCAGAAUAUUACCGUACAGAAGGUGGUAGAAGCCAUCGAACAACAAGACCGUAUUGUUGAGGACGACUCUAUCCAGGCACAAAUCAACACCAUGUUCUAUGUCGCAAAACAGGGUGUUGCUAUCAACCAGUAUGACAAAGUAAUAGAACUUCAGGUGAAAAACAAUUGUCCAGGUCUUCAGAACCCGAAGAAACUGUAUACCAGUGAGGAAGCAAAAAUGGAACUGAUAGAUGCGAUUGAUUCUACAUUGGAUGAUUAUCUCACACAGAAUCUACAGCAGUCUGAGUAUAUAGGUUUAAAUCUUGAUGAAAGUACAGACAUAACUGUUCAUAAAAAGUUAAAUGUGUAUGUGAAGUGUUUAUCUUGUGAUAAUAUGCCAAAAGUUCAGUUUCUGGAUUGUAUCAAUGUUGAAAAUGGGAAAGCGGAUACAAUUGUGACAGCUGUGAAUGAACUUUUCACAAAGAAGAACAUUCCUUUGGAUAAAGUGGUAACCCUUGCAAGUGACGGUGCUAGUGUCAUGACUGGAAGGAAGGGGGGUGUGGGUGUAAAGUUAAAGGAGCUUGCACCACUGCUGAUACAGAUCCACUGUGUUGCCCAUCGCCUGGCGCUGGCUGCAGGUCAGGCUUGCAGAGAUGUGCCUAUGUUGGAUGAGUACCAGACCACAGUUAAGUCAGUCUACAAACAUUUCAGUUUAUCUGCGGUGAGAUACAAUAAAUUGAGAACACUCAUGUCAGUGUUAGAGGAUGACAAUCACAAAUUCGUCACACUGAAAGAACCAGCAAGCUUCCGAUGGUUGUCCCUGGGGAAAGCUGUGGAUGCUAUCUACGAAGUGUACCCUGCACUGUACCAGACCCUGGAACAUGAGGCAGCUGAAGGCAAUGCUGAGGCAAAAGGGCUACUGAACAAACUUAGAUCUGUGAACUUUGUGCUUGUGACAGGUUUUCUGAAAGAUGUGCUAACGGUCAUAAGUAGGUUGAGUACCCUGCUUCAAGGCGAUAGUGUGGACAUUGAAGUUGUUAAUACACAGGUUGAAUUAACACAGGCAAAGCUAAGUAAAAUGAAAAGAGUGAAUGGUCCUGAGCUUGAUAAGACAUAUAAGAACAUUGAAAAUGGAAUGUACAGAGGUGUGAAAUUAACUGACAGGGAAACAUUACGCAUUGGGUUUCAGAAUAGUGCAGGUACUUACUUAGGCAAACUGUGUGAUAACCUAACUGACAGAUUUGAACCAGAGUCAAUGGCUACAUUAAAACAACUGGACACUGUACUUAAUCCCCAGAAAGUGCCAAAGGCAGUGACAGCCUUAGAGUCUUAUGGAGAGAAUGAACUAGAGAAACUAAUAGAAGUAUAUGGGGAAAGCGUUAUCAAUGGCAACAGAGCCCGAGACAAUUAUCUUGACCUGAAAAUUAUUCUAAAAAACCUUAACAAAAAUCUGCAGGAAGGGUGUGUACACAUAAUUAAAAACUACUCUGAACUCUACCCUGACUUUGCUAAAUUGGCCAAAAUACUGCUUGUGUCUCCUGUGACCUCAGUUGCCUGUGAGAGGGGGUUUAGUGUGCACAAUCACAUUAAAACUAAAGGACGCUCCAGGUUAGCACAUGAAACUGUUGUAAAGUUAAUGAGAAUCAAACAGGAAGGUCCCUCUGUCAAAGACUUUGACCCCACUGCAAGUGUAACAAAGUUUUGUGCAAUGCGCAAUAGAAGAAAGUAAAUGUUUGUGACUUAGUUAUAUGUACAGUGCUACAAUGUAUAACAGAUGUUAUUGAUGAAGCAUUAUGUUUCUAUACUACAAUAUGUUGUGUAUAUAUGCAAAAAUGAUCAUAUUGUGAAUUUUUAUAUUUCAUACCAAUGCUCCUGAUAAGUAUUAAAAUAAAGUAUUACAUUUGUAUGACAUUAAUGAGAAUCAGACUGGAAGGUCCCUCUGUUAAAGACUUUGACACUUUUGCAAGUGGAACAAAAAUUUGUGAAAUGUUCAAUAGAAGAAUGUAACUUGGUUACAGUGAUACUAUGCUGUUAAUAAGUAUUAAAAUUUUGUGAAAUGUUCAAUAGAAGAAUGUAAAUGUUUGUGACUUGGUUACAGUGAUACUAUGCUGUUAAUAAGUAUUAAAAUAAAAGUGUUAUAUUUUUCACCUAUUCAGUCUUUACCUUUUUAUCUCACCUUAACAAAGUUUGGGUGAAGAAUUGUGAUUACUAAAUGUCUGUUGUCCGUCUAUACUUAAUUUUAAAGUACAAUAGAGGUCAG